AUGAGUGUUCCAGUUGCAUCUGAACGUAAAUCAUUAUUACCUUUACGAUUACGAGCACCUUGUGUAGUUGGUCCUCGUCCUACAACACCGAUGCCAUCAGUUUCUGGAAAUAAUCCUAAAUCACCAUUAACUGUUGGCAAUCGUGUUUUAGUGAAUGGACUUAAAAGUGGUACUCUUCGUUAUAUAGGUACAGUAAAAUUUGCAAAUGGAUUAUUUUGUGGUGUAGAACUUGAUGAACCCGAUGGAAAACAUGAUGGACAAAUAAAAGAUGUUCGAUAUUUUCAAUGUCCACCGAAUCAUGGAAUAUUUGUACCUCGUGAUAAAGUUGUUUUAACAUCACAAAUACGAACAUCAUCAUCACAAAGACCGAUAAGCCGUUUGAAAGCUCCAACAAUGACACGUUCAAUGACACUUUCAACAUCAAUUCAUAAAAUUGAACAAUCAAAAUCUGUUGAAUUACCUGAUCUUUUAGCAAACACAACUUCUCAACCGGUGAUACUCAAUAAUUCAAUUGUAAAUGAACAACAUGAAACUAUCACACCAAUUGAACAAUCAAAAGAACAAACGAUAGAUAUGAUUGAAUCUAAACUUGAAUUACAACCAUUAACAAUUGAUGAACCUACAGAAACAAUUGAAGCUGAUUUUACUGAUAGUGUAUCAUUAAUUUUACAUCAAUUACAACAAGAACAACCUAUUGAAACACGUUCUUCUUCAAUAACAAUUAGUGAAGAAAAUACUGAAGAAGAAAUUGAUGAUGAUGAUGAAUUAGAUAAUGAAAGUAUUAUUGAAUCUACAAUUGAUGAAGAACAAAAUAAAAUUUGUCAUUCAUCAUCAUCAUUAUCAUCAUCUAUGUCUAUUUUAAUUCCAUCAACAAAAUUUGUUCAAACAGAUUUAUCAUUUCAUUUUAAUGAUAAUAUUUCAUUUACAAAAAUUGAAUUAUUAAAUAAACAAAAAUCAAUAUCAAUUAAUAAAUUAGAAAUUAAUAAAAAAAAUCAACAAAUAAAUAUUAAUAAGACCAAACCUAUUAUUAAAACAGUUAAAAAAAAUAUCGAACAACGACCUGUUUCAUCAUUAGUUAAUACAACAAAACGAUCGAUUAAUUCUAUAAUACCACGAAAUACAUCAAUCAUACCACCAAAACGAGGACCAUCAUCUAGAACUCAACUCAAUGCAGCACAAUCGGUGACUUCAUUACCAUUACAAUCGAAACUUAGUCUAUCACAUUCAUCAUGUAAUUCAUUGAACAGUAGUCAGUCAGAUUUAGGAUCGAUUAAUAAAAGUUCAAAUUCCAAACAAACAUCUGAUACAAGUCAAAAUAUAUCUCAAUUAAUUGAUCUUCCGUCAAUUAAUUUAGAAAAACAACUCAAUGAAUCUCAUGAUCAAUUGAAUAUACUCAAUCAACAAAUGACAAUUCAAAAAAAUGUUAAUCAAUCUCUUGAAAUUAAGAUUGAAUAUUUAAAAAAAUAUUAUCAACAUUUACUUAAUCAAUUUGAUCUUAUGCAUAUUUUAAGUCAAUAUUAUAUUAAUGAAAAUGAACAAAUUCAAGAACAACAUGAACGUCAAUUAUUGAAAGUUCAAACAACAAAAGAUGAAUUAAAAACAUCAAUUGAACAAUUACAAUCAACUCAUAAAAAUGAAUUAUCUCAAUUAGAUAAACGUUAUCAUAGUCGAAUUGAAACAUUAAAUAAAACACAUGAACAAAAUUUAAAUGAACAUCAACAAAAAUUUGAUCAUUUAUUACAUGAAAAAAAAGAAUUAGAAUCUCGUUGUUCAAUAUUACAAGAAAAAGUUGAUAAUUUUCUAACUGAAAUGGCAAAUAGUCAACAUGCUGAUGUUUUAUUAUGUCAUGUUGAAACAUUAGAAAAAGAUCGAACAAGUUUACAAACUGUACUUGAACUUAAAAAUAAAGAAAUUACACAACUGAGAACAAAACUUAAUGAACAAGAAAUUCGACUUCAUGAUGAAACUGCAUUACGAAAACGUGUUGAUAUAGCUGAAAAUGAAAAUCAAAGUCUUCAAUAUCUUCUUCAACAAAAAAAAUUAAGUGAAAAAACUGCUAUAGCUGAACGAGAUAAAUUAAAAGAACAAGUAAUUCAACUUGAACGAGAUAAUGAUCAAUUAAAAUUUGAAAAUGAAACAUUACGUUAUCGUCUUCGUGAACGAUCAUUAUCCGUUUCUAUACCAUUAGAUAAUCAAAUUCUUAUAGUCUCAACUGAAUCAUCAACUAUUAUGCCUACGACUCAGAAACGACAAGGUCGAAAACGUGCAUGUAGCUUAUCAACUAUAACUAUAAUUGCACAUGAGAAUGAACGCAUUACUCGUUCGUUAUCAUCAUUGAACUGUAUACUUAAUCGGUGA